AUGGUUGUUGUAACUGUCAAAGAUGUAAUGGAGCAAUCUGGAAGCAACGGAAUGCCACUUGAGAAAGUUGAUGCGUUUGAUUUUGAGAUGCUCGGGCCCCUAGCUGAGGAACUAAGGCUUGAUUCGGGAAGCGAAAGUGAGGACGAAUUUAUGUCGGUGGAAGAGAUACGAGCGGUCCUCGGAGGGUCGGAAGAUUUUGUCGAUGAGGAGGAGGAAAUACCAAAUUUGUAUAACCAUUUUGAUAUAUUAUCAUUUAUUAAAAAUUUAGUGUAA